UUUGAUGACCUAAUUACAGGUGUGAGUCGGACAAAUUUUCAAAGAUGGAGAAGGGGACUUAUGCCAUGUUUUGUUUGUGUUUCGCUAUUUUUUGUUUGUUGAUCGCCUUCGCAAGUCCGUACUGGGUGGAAAGCUUUGAGAAGUCCGACAACAAAUUUGUGAAAUGUGGCUUGUGGGAAUUCUGUUUCAAUGAUUAUUCGUUUUGGAAAGAUUACAACGGAAAGCGGUUUUUGGGGUGCUGGUACAUUUUCUCGGAUCAGUAUAGACCACUUUGGGAAUGGCUGUCUCCUCCAUGGUUCAUCGGAUGCCAAGUUAUGAUCAGUGUAACCCUGUUGUUCCAAGUGGUCUCGUGUGUGGUGGCCACUCUGGCCUACUGGCGGUGUCUGCCCAUGUACCUGAAGGAAAUCAUCUAUAUGGGGACAGCAUUAGUGGCUUUGCUCUGUACUGUGUUGAUCUUCAUCACCUUGAUACUUAUGGGGAUUAAGAAGGAAGACCGAGGCUGGAUGCCGCGACCCGACCAGAACUACUUGUCAUGGUCCUAUGGACUCGCGUGUAUUUCCGGAUGGUUUAUGCUGUUUGCUGCUGGGGCUUUUGCGAAAGCAGCUAGUGACGAUACUAAAGAAAGAUACUGAUUCAUUGUUUACAAACUAAAUACAUACCGAGGGCUCAGUGAACGAUGGACAACACAUGAUACAUGUAUAUAAAAAGAAGUUACAAUGGUCUUGUAUUGCGUCAUCCAUUCAGGUUCUUAGGUCACCUUCUUUGUAUAUAUUGGACCUGCAUGCUUUUUCAUCACACUUUGUAAAUAGACAGUGUAUGUAAUACAGUGUAGAUAUGCUAUUCACCCAUGCUAUACUUCAUUUCUAGUUUAAUGUUAGGUAAACUUCACAUACAUUUUGGUAAAACAUAGCAAUAACAAUCUCUCUCCGCAUAUUUGUAAACAAUAUCAUUAGAAUUCAAACAAUAAUUGCUUAAGUGGGUAUAUUCGAUGUCCAGCAAGUCAUACCUUUAUUUCUUAAUUUGUUAUAAUUUCAAAGAAGUUUAUUUUCCAUCUAAAUCAUAAUAGGAAAGCAUGGUAUUUUCCUGUUGAUUUCAUAAAAGAACAUUUUUUAAUCACUCAUCACUUUCUGUAUUUCAGCUAAAAACACGUUGGAUGUUGACAUUUAGAAGAAAGCAAAAUUUAUUAAAAGUUUAGUGUAUUAUAAUGUUGCUUUUCUUACUGGAUAUCAUCACAGUAUUCACACUUCUUAUAAGUGGAAAUUAAUACAAUAUACUGUUGAUAUUUCUUCCGCAACUAUAUUUUAGCAAAGUAUUGAAGUCACAUGUCAAUGCUUUCAUUUUGUCAUAGAAAAUUAUAAUAUGUUGCAAUCUGGGCUUAAAGAUUUUUUGAUACAUUUUACAUUUUUUGAAACACUCUAUUACCAUAUCAAUAAAUUAUUAAGGCGCUGAUCAUGGAUCGGGAAAGUUUCCUUGAAAUCAUGAACAUUUUGUGUACAUACUAAGCCUUCACUCAUAGCCAGUAGCUAUAUGCAAUAGUUACAGAUACUUGGUGAAUCCAUUCAACUGUAUGUUUUUCUGAAGCACCAUGGUUUAUUCAUUCAUAUAUGAUGUAUAAAUCUAUAGUUAUGAUGUGUAUUGAAGCGUUGAUCUAUGAUAAUAAUGUCUGUCUAUAUUCAUUUCUCACAGAAUAAAACUUCUUGUGAUGUAUGCACAUGUUUGCCAAUGUACUAAAGAUGACAUACAGUUUUACACUGAAAUAUAUGUUUUCAUAAUGAAAUUGCCUAUCAGCCUAGAGAUACAACAUCCAUAAUUGAUUUGAUACGUAGUUUAACAACUUAGCAGACAUAACAUCAUAAUUUGAUUUAUAGCGUGCUGAACAUAUGUUACAAUGUAAGACAUAAAGAACAUAUACGGUAAAAUCUUAAUGAUGGAGAAAUUCUCACUAACUUCACAGACUCCUUAAUCAUUAAGAUUUUACCUUAAAAUUAUGUUUCAACAUAAAUGUUAGCCAAUUAAAUGAACUAUUUUAAUUCUGGGGCUGUAUAACAUAAAUUACAUUUAUAUCUUGGAUUUAACAUAUUAAAAAUUAGGAUUCAUGAGUGAUAUACAUUUUGGACUGAUCCUCAAAUAAUUUCAAUGAAUUAUGAACCAGACAUUAGAAAUAAGUUUGAGAAUUAAAAUGAAUACUUAGUACAUUAUACUGCUCCAGGAUUUUAAAGGGUAGCUACAUGAAGUCGGCUCUUGAUAUUUGAUUUAAAUCUGAACUAAGUCUUUGCUGAAAUUGUUUUGUUAGUGAUGGACACAAAGUGUUUUAUGCCAUGCUUGGUGUAUCAUUGUGAUUCAUUGUACAUAUAUAUAUAUACUUUAUUCUUUUUCCAUACAAAACUAUUCAUGUUCCUUUUUUACGCAUUGUAAAUGUAAUCAAAUAUUCAUGUCCAUAUAUUUUAAUAAACCAUUUUUCUUA